GCUUCCGGCCGGCGGUGGCGGCUCGGGGUCCGCACGUGAGUGGCGAUCAGGCUUCGCAGCUGCUAAAGCACGAUGUGCGUGAGAGAGGCACCCACGGCUCAGACGGUGAAAUCUCGAUUUGCCGGAAACCAGCUCCCGGGGCCCCUUUACCUUCCGGUCCGUGUUUGAGGGGAGAAGCUGCCACCGUCCCUGCAGAGAAGGCUGGAGGUUCCAACCGUGGAAGCCUCGGGCGGCUGACACUCGUCCCCCCUGCAGAGAGGGCCGGGAAGCUGCCCGAGCCGAGAAGGGGCCUUGGCUCGUGGCGGCCCGCAUCAGCAGGACGCCAGUGGGCGAGGGAGGUGGGAGGGGAGGGAGGCUUGGAAAGGCCUCCAGUACUGGCUCAGGUGCGACCCCUGCCGGCCGGGACGAGCCCCCUCCUCAUGGCCUCCAAGCCGGCUGCCGGGAGGACCCCGGGGGAGAAGCGCAAGAGGGUGGUGCUGACCCUGAAGGAGAAGAUGGACAUCUGCCGGCGCCUGGAGAAGGGGGAGAGCAGGAAGGCGCUGAUGCAGGAGUACAACGUGGGCAUGUCCACCCUGUACGACAUCAGGGCCCACAAGGCCCAGCUGCUCCGCUUCUUCGCCAACUCCGACUCGGACAAGGCCCUGGCGCACCGGCGCACGCUGCACACGCCCAAGCUGGAGCACCUGGACCGCGUGCUGUACGAGUGGUUCCUGGUGAAGCGCGCCGAGGGCGUGCCCGUCUCGGGCCCCAUGCUCAUUGAAAAGGCCAAGGACUUCUACGAGCAGAUGCAGCUGACCGAGCCCUGCGUGUUUUCUGGCGGCUGGCUCUGGCGUUUUAAGGCCAGACACGGCAUCAAGAAGCUGGACGCGUCCAGCGAGAAACAGGCGGCCGACCACCAGGCUGCAGAGCAGUUCUGUGGCUUCUUCCGGAGCUUAACCGCCGAGCACGGCCUGUCCCCCGAGCAGGUGUACAACGCCGAUGAGACCGGCCUCUUCUGGCGCAGCUCGCCCAGUCCCAGCCCGGAGGGCGGGGCGGUGCCCGGCCCCAAGCAGAACAAGGACAGGCUGAGCGUCCUCAUGUGCGCCAACGCCACAGGCUCCCACAGGAUCAAACCCUUGGUGGUCGGGAAAUGCGGCGGCCCCAAGGCGGUCCAGGGCAUCCAGCACCUGCCUGUCGCGUACAAGGCCCAAGGUAACGCGUGGGUGGACAAGGAGAUUUUUACUGACUGGUUCCAUCACAUCUUUGUGCCCGCGGUGAAGGAGCACUUCCGAGCCGUGGCUCUGCCCGAAGACAGCAAGGCCAUCCUCCUGCUGGACGGCUCCCGCGCCCACCCGCGGGAGGCCGACUUAGUUUCGGAGAACAUUUUCACCAUCUUCCUGCCCGCCAGCGUCACCUCCCUGAUCCAGCCCAUGGACCAGGGCAUUCGCAGGGAUUUCAUGAGGAACUUCGUCACCCCUCGCGGCACGCUGCAGGCCUUCACCCCCCGAUGCAGCGUGCACGAUGCCGUGCUCGACGUGGCCUGCGCCUGGAACGCGGUGCCGGGUGCCGUCUUUAGCCGGGCCUGGAGGAAGCUGUGGCCCGAGGUCACGCUCGUCGAAGGCUCGUCUUCAGAGGAGGAGCCCGAGCGCCUCAGGACGAAGCCUCCCGACCAGACCUUCGUGCACAUCCCCGGGCUCGGGGGAGGCGCCCCGGCCCGCCUUGGGAGCGCGGCCACGGGGAGUCCCGAGCUGGCCGAGGUGGGGGUGGGUGACGAGGCGGCCUGGGAGCAGGCGGCUGCAUCCUUCGACGCCGUGGUGCGCUUUGCGGAGGGGCAGCCCUGCUUCUCGGCCCAGGAGGUGGGCCAGCUGCGCGCGCUGCGCUCCGUGUUCGGCAGGCGGCAGCAGGCGCAGCGGUGCAGGGCCCUCAGGGCCGCAGUCAAGCUCGAGGCGCCCUGGGAGCACGCUGGGCCUCGCGGCGCCCCGCCUCGCUCCCCUCUGCCCGGCUCGUCCACAGCGGGUGAGGCCUGAGGCAGCGGGGCCCGACCUGCGGUCUCAGGGGUCACGUCCCUCAGGACGGCCCGCCCCGUCCGGGUUUUGCCGUGUGGCCUGUCGUGCCACAUGGGUGCCAGUGGGUCUUCCUGAAGGGCCCACCCAGACCCAAAACGUACCGGAGCCUCCGGUGGCCGGAAGCCAGCCUCGUGUUUUCUGGCUGAGCCUUGCUGUGUCCGAGGGUGGAGAUGUCUCUCUGUCCAGGUGGGGAAGAGCCGCCUUCAGCCGACCAGUGGCGGUACCCGCUGCCACUUGACUGGGCUGGUACUUCCUGUGGCCCACCGCUCCCCUUCUCCAGGACUCAGUCUGCUGGUCUGGGGGCCGGCCCUGAGUCGGGCAGUUCACUGAGGGCGGGACUCAAUAGAAUAAGAGUCGGUGUGGGCCCUGCCUGUGGCUCUGCAGGCCACACGUCCCCCUUCAGUCGUGAGCUCACGUAGCAGCACGAGUUUCUCCAUGCUGCCAGCACAUCCCGCCUCUCAGGCCCAGACCCCAAGAUGCAGCAGGCUGCGCGCCUACUUGAUGUGGUAGAAGUGCUCCGUUAAAGCCAGCAGGAGCGGGCGGCUGGGCCCGUCACCCCAACGUGGGGCCACAGGGCACUGCCAGUGUGUCGAGCAUCUUGGCUCCGAGUCCAACCUACAGGCCUCAUCCCCCAUAAUUUCACCUUUACAGCCCCUGCAUUAAUAAACUUUGACCAGGUGUUCAGAAAUUAGCCUUAGGCGAUAUAACGAAAACAGUAAAGCUCGCAGCUGAGCUGUCUAGCAGGAUUUGAACUCCUGUUUUCAGCUGUGGAAAGCUGGCUGUGCUGGUGGUCUCACAAAGGCCGGUCGCGGGAUGGCGCGGCUGUGUUUCCUGUGUUGCAGCUGAUUCCCACGUUCUGCCAUGUCGUUCAUCAGCACAGCCGUAGGACAGAGCCCCUUAUCGGCCGUGGUCGCCCUCUUCGAAUGUACGUGAAAUGGGUGAGCUUUUCUGUGCUCUUUUCACUGCUUCGCCUUCAGUUGCAUCCCCUUCUUGGGUAGCUGAAUCGGCACAUAGUUUUCAUUCCUGUGUUUGUUGCGUGCCGAGAGCCCUCCGUGAGAGCCGAGGAGAGCUGAGGGCUUGCUUCGCAGUCGGCUCUCUGGUGUUUCUACAUCUUUCCCAGCAGUGCGGUGGCAGUCACGGCCGGCCCGGCGCUGCUCUAGUGCGGUGGCAGUCACGGCCGGCCCGGCGCUGCUCUGUGGACCGUGCGUUUCCUGCUUCAAAUGCGGGUAUGAAGAUUGUGAAACAAGCACAGAUCGUUUUCACAGUGUCGUUGCUGAUUCUUUGGGCCAGAUUGCCUCCUGCUGUGUUGUCACAUAGGUUUCCUUCCCGUGUUUGGGGCGACAUCUGUGCACCAUGUACUUCUGUGCCACUUUUGGACUCCUGUGUGUCCCCUGUGCGGUUGAAUUGCAGCUGCUUGAGGUGUUGACAGGGUUAGAUGUCAGGGGCGGCAGCGUGGAGAUGGACAGACACGCGGAGAAGCUCCCUCCCCACUGUCAGCCCCUCGACCCCAGCCCAGUGGUUCUGGAGUAGCGGGACUGUGCUGGGGGGGGGACGGCCCCCCGUGGGUGCUCUGUCCCCACCAGACUGUAGACCCCAGGCCAGACUCCUGUCCUGCCGUCACAACCUGCCCCCGUCCUGGCUGUGUUGUGGCCGAUCAAUGAGCACUCGUCACGGACCGGCUGAGGGAGUCUGUUCUCCUUCCAGGACCAGACACACCCCCUGUGCUGCGUUGUUCUUCAGGGGCAGGACUCGGCCCUGCCUGCUUCCCUCUCCCCUAACGAGCCGGCACGCCCCCUCCUCAUGGCCUCAGUGCUGGAGAUCCUGGGCGGUGCGAGGUUUCUCGGGGUGCAGACUGAGGUGCAGCGUGAGGUGCACGUGCCCGGGGAGGACCGGAGCCCGGCGGCGCCCAGCUACCCAUGGGUGCCCCCGCCUCUGCCCCGCCCCUGAGUGCCCACCCCUGGGGCUUUGCUCUUCACUCACCAUCCAGUUUCUGAGAGCCUCAAGGGGUCAGAAUGUUCUGGUCUCAGAAUCUUUCCUAAACAGUCUUAGGGGGCCCCACUGGACUGGGUGCGAAAUCGGAGCCGGGUGGGAAGGCCUCCUCAUCUGCCGUGCAUCGGCCCCUCUGUCUCCUCUCCUGAAGCCCCCGGGGGCAGUGGGGUCUCCGUCCUGCUGGUAGAGCCUCUUCCAGGCCCCCUGCUCACCCUGCAGGGGCAGCGAGCUCAGGCACAGCGGGAGUGGUGCACACUCCUCCCACCUCAGGCAGGCAGCACCGGUGCCCUGGGAUAAGCCCAGGAGUCGUCCCUGUCGGGACUCGGCGGGCCCCUUCCGGUCUGUUUGCCCACCUUGACCUUCCCCCUUCUCGGUGGUCAAAACGACUUGGCAGACCCCGAGCUGGGAGGAAGCUGCCUGCGGCCGCACCGUGUCCUCAGCCCUCUGCGGGAGGAAUCGGGGCGUCCCCGGAGCUGGACGGGCAGCAGGUGCCACCCCUGCCUGUGGUGGAUAAGGGACCGUUCCUGGGCACUGCCCGCAGUGCCGGGAUCCAGGGAGAGGAGACCAGAGUCUGCUGGGAGGCCUGGGGCCCCCGACUCAGGACAGGCAGCCUCCGCCGGGGUUGCCCCUUGCCUGAGCCUGGCCGAGCAAAGGCUGGACUCGCAGGUUGUAGAUGGAAUUCAGGCAUCUGCCAGGGGCUGGGUGGGUCGGUGGUCCUUCACAGUCUCUUUUGCUUUGGAUCCGCUGCCUGCAGUGCCUGCUCCCCAGUGCUGGGGGGUCUGCAGGCGCCCCAGGUUAGACCCACGGUGUGGGAGGUCCUGGAGGUCCUCCAGUUGGGGAAGGCUGAGCCUGCGUAGGGGUCUGGGGUGAACUGCCGCGCCU